UUCAGCUGAGUCUACGGUUGUUUUCUUCUGACAUUUUUUAUGUUUUCGUUGAUAAUCUUUCAGCUUUGGCAAAAUAUUCCUUUGAAAUAUGCCUAAGAAAUUCAAAGGGGUGAAUACAAAAGCUGAGGYGGCUCGUGCCCGCAAAGCAGACGCAAAAGCUGCUGAAAAGGACAGGAAAGAGAGAGAGGCAGAGGACAAACUUUGGGAGGACAACGACAAGCAUGUCACGCGAAAACAGCAACGAAAGGAAGCAAAGGACCAAAAACGACUUGARUCACUGGAGAAAAAAAGUGAGGCUAAGCURCUUUUAGAACAAGAAGAACAGGCGUUAAAGGGAAAAACUAAAGCCCAGCCAACCCAAAAAGUUACUCGAGCUCAAAUUGCUACAGAAAAAGAGAAAAAAGAGACCAUAGCAAAGAAUGACCAAYUGAAAGAACAGCAAAAAACAAUACAUGAUGAACCACUAGAASAAAACCCCAAUCAAAGAAUGGCAGARUUAUUGGCUGAAGAAGGUGCUGUYGAAGCAAGAAGUGUAGAGGAUGCCAUUGCUACUUUAUCUGUAGAACCUAAGGUAGAACGUCAUCCUGAAAAAAGAAUGAAAGCKGCAUUUUUGGAGUUUGAAGAAAGAGAAUUACCCAGAUUGAAGCAAGAAAAUCCAAACUUAAGGCUAUCACAGCUGAAACAAAUGCUUAAAAAGGACUGGAUGAAAUCACCUGAUAAUCCUAUGAAUGCAGCACACCUAACAUACAAUGCAAAGAAAUAAAAAAAAAGAAACAAAACGGAUGGAUUGCUUGGAGUGACACAAAAAUCAUUUACAUGGAGGAAUGCAAUAAUGAGGGAGACAUUGAACUUUCCUGGAAUUGUGGUACUUUUAUGAAUGCACAUAAAGAACAUAGACCUCGUACCACUCUAAGAAAAAUGCUAUAUCCAGCCUCACUGUUACAAGAUGAACAAAUAUUAAAAUAAAAUAAUGGAAACUCAA